AUGCGUCUGUUUCUGCUGGCGGUGCUCCUCUCGUGCUCCUGCGCGCGGGCCGGCUGCGAACCAAAGAUCGUGAACAUCGGGGCCGUCCUGAGCCAGAAGAGAUACGAGCAGGUCUUCAAGGAUGCCGUGAACCAGGCUAACCAGGUCUACGGCCGGGACAAGUUCAAACUGAACGCCAUCUCCGUAACGCACAAGGCUAACGCCAUCCAGAUGGCUCUGUCGGUGUGCGAGGACCUCAUCUCCAGCCAGGUCUACGCUAUCCUGGUGAGUCACCCUCCUCAGUCCAGCGACCAUCUCACUCCAACGCCCGUCUCCUACACCGCUGGUUUCUACCGUAUCCCAGUUGUGGGGCUCACCACUCGCAUGUCCAUCUAUUCUGACAAGAGUAUUCAUCUAUCCUUCCUGCGGACAGUCCCUCCAUACUCCCACCAAGCGCACGUUUGGUUCGAUUUGAUGCGCGAGUUCAACUGGAACCACAUCAUCCUGAUCGUCAGCGACGACCACGAGGGCCGGGCUGCUCAAAAGAGGCUCGAGACUCUCUUGGAGGAGAGAGAAACGAAGACUAAAAACAGGAACUAUGAAAACCUCGACCAACUGUCCUAUGACAACAAGCGAGGACCUAAGGCAGAGAAAGUCCUACAAUUCAGUCAGGAGACAAACUUAACCGCCCUGCUGCUGGAGGCUAAAGAGCUGGAGGCCCGAGUCAUCAUCCUGUCCGCCAGCGAGGACGAUGCUGCCGCUGUGUACAAGGCCGCCCGCUUCCUCAACAUGACGGGCUCGGGCUACGUUUGGCUGGUGGGGGAGCGGGAGAUGUCCGGUAAAGCUCUAAGCGAGGCACCAGACGGUCUGAUCGCCCUCCAGCUCAUCAAUGGGAAGAACGAAUCGGCCCACAUCACUGAUGCCGUGGCGGUGGUGGCUCAGUCCAUCCAGGAGCUGUUUGAGAAGGAGAACAUCACUGAACCGCCGAGAGGUUGUGUUGGCAACACCAACAUCUGGAAAACAGGGCCCCUCUUUAAAAGAGUGCUGAUGUCCUCCAAAUAUCCAGAAGGCCUGACGGGGCGCAUCGAGUUCAAUGAUGAUGGAGACAGAAAAUACGCCCACUACAGUAUUCUCAACUAUCAGAAGUCUCGCCUUGUUCCAGUCGGCAUUUACAACGGCACACAGGUGGUGAUGAACAAUCAGCGAAAAAUCAUUUGGCCCGGAGGAGAGACAGAGAAACCGCAGGGCUUCCAGAUGUCUACUCGAUUAAAGAUAGUAACGAUCCAUCAGGAACCAUUUGUGUAUGUAAAACCGACUAUGCAAGACGGGACGUGCAAAGAGGAAAUGACGCUAAAUGGCGUGUUAAUAAAAAAGGUUAUCUGUACUGGGCCAAAUGAAACCAUUCCAGGACGCCCCAUCGUCCCGCAGUGCUGUUAUGGGUUCUGUGUUGAUCUCCUGAUCAAGUUGGCUAUGACCAUGAACUUCACCUAUGAGGUGCAUCUGGUGGCUGAUGGAAAAUUUGGAACCCAAGAGCGGGUGAACAACAGUAACAAGAAGGAGUGGAAUGGCAUGAUGGGAGAGCUCCUAGGUGGCCUGGCAGACAUGAUUGUUGCCCCGUUGACCAUUAACAACGAACGUGCCCAAUACAUAGAGUUCUCUAAACCUUUCAAAUAUCAGGGGCUUACUAUUCUUGUCAAAAAGGAAAUUCCUCGAAGUACACUUGACUCAUUUAUGCAGCCGUUCCAAAGCACGCUGUGGCUGCUGGUGGGUCUUUCGGUGCAUGUGGUGGCGGUGAUGCUUUACCUUCUAGACCGGUUCAGUCCAUUUGGAAGAUUUAAAGUAAACAGUGAAGAAGAGGAAGAAGAUGCCCUCACCUUGUCAUCUGCCAUGUGGUUCUCCUGGGGGGUGUUGCUGAACUCUGGAAUAGGAGAAGGUGCACCACGCAGCUUUUCAGCGAGAAUCCUCGGCAUGGUGUGGGCUGGCUUUGCUAUGAUCAUUGUGGCUUCUUACACUGCCAAUCUGGCUGCUUUCCUGGUGUUGGACCGGCCUGAGGAGCGCAUCACCGGCAUCAAUGACCCAAGGCUAAGAAACCCAUCUGACAAGUUCAUCUAUGCCACGGUGAAGCAAAGUUCAGUGGACAUCUACUUCCGACGACAGGUGGAGCUUAGCACUAUGUACCGCCACAUGGAGAAACACAACUAUGAGAGUGCUGCAGAGGCUAUCCAGGCUGUGCGUGACAACAAGCUGCAUGCUUUCAUCUGGGACUCUGCGGUGCUGGAGUUUGAAGCCUCGCAGAAGUGCGACCUGGUGACCACGGGAGAGCUGUUUUUCCGUUCGGGCUUUGGCAUAGGCAUGCGCAAGGACAGCCCCUGGAAACAGAAUGUGUCCCUGGCCAUUCUCAGUUCACAUGAGAAUGGCUUCAUGGAAGACCUAGAUAAAACCUGGGUGAGAUACCAGGAGUGUGACUCACGGAGCAAUGCCCCAGCCACACUCACCUUUGAGAAUAUGGCAGGAGUCUUCAUGCUUGUUGCUGGAGGCAUUGCGGCAGGGAUCUUCCUCAUCUUCAUCGAAAUCGCCUACAAACGGCAUAAAGACGCCCGCAGGAAGCAGAUGCAGCUGGCCUUUGCGGCCGUCAAUGUAUGGAGGAAGAACCUGCAGCCCUCUUCCUCUGUAGAGACUCAGGAUGAUAGGAAAAGUGGUAGAGCAGAGCCCGACCCCAAAAAGAAACCCUCUUUUAGGUCCAUCAGUACCACCCUGGCUUCCAGCAUCAAGAGACGUAGGUCCUCCAAAGACACGCAGUACCCACCCACUGACGCCACUGGGCAGCUCAACUUGUCUGACCCAUCAGUCAGCACUGUGGUGUAAAACUAAAAGAGAGAGAGAGAGAGAGAAAAAGAAAAGAGAACGACACUGAGGUCCGUUCGACAAGGAGAGGAAUCAGGAUGAUAUGGAAGAAGGUUAAUCAAACGAGGAAGACUCCAUGUUUCCCUUCGAAAGCUGAAGCUGUGGAGCUCUGGAAAAAAAAGCCUCUGCUGAAGAAGCAGCUGACGACCCUGAACUUUGCACCUUUUUAAAAAAUAUAAAAACAGGAUUAUCUUUCCAGUCUUAGAUGUUUUUAGGAUGGCUGAGCAUGCACCGAAGAACCCAUCUUACCUACAUAUACAAUCUUUUCCUUCUGUAUAUUAUUAACUUGACUUACUUAGCCUUGUUUUGUCCUUUUACUCACAUAAACAUAAUGUUUGGUGUUUCAUUUUAAACAACCUGCUGAGCAGCUGAAUAGGUUUUAGAGGACCGGGUGUAGUUUGGUUCAUUUUAGGGAUAAAAAUUUGUUUUAGUGCAAAUAUUUUACAGGUAUUUCUCUUGCGAUUAAGGCUAAAAUAGAGCAGAAGAAUCAAGCGUUUCCUAAAUUCUUAUAGUGCAAUACUAAAAGUGCUAGAGAUAAAUUAUUUUUAAAAGAAACUAUAUAUGAGUUUUUAUCGACACUUUAAAUGUUUUUAGUUAUUUUAACGGUAAUAAUGGCACUUAAAACAAGCAUAUGGCUUCUAAUGUCUUCUGGUGAAAAUGAAAGCAUGUGUGUGCUUGUAAAAAAAUUUAAAGGCUUUAUGUAUUUGAAUGAUGAUAAUGAUUAAGGCAACAUUUAGAUCAAUUCUUUAAAUGUUAGCAUUCUUCAUUUUGCACUUACUUGCCCAAGGCAAUUAUUUUAAAUGUUAGCAAAAGCUUCAGCUAUUUAUUUUACUUUUGACAAAAUGUUUAUUAAUAUAUAUAAAUUGAAGGAGACCAUAAUAGGAUAUAAAGAGCAUUAAUAAAAAAAAAAAAUGGUGUUUUAUGUGCUUAGACACCCUCUCUCUUCCUCUCUCCUGCAGCUGCAGUCUUUCUCAUUUCCGGCUUUGAAAGGGGUUGCAUCAAAGGGCCACGUUUUUCACCCAACCAGCACUCAGCCUUUUGUGCAAAACCUCAGAGAAUUUUUGCAUGAAGGGACCAGAGUGAGUUGAAAUCUCCUGUGCACUUCUUGGUUAGCUGCAAAAACGAGCCGUUUCCCAUUUUCUGGAGAUGAGAAACAUCUGCUGUCUACAGGCUGACACAAUCUUUAGUGUCUGUCACUGCUUUGCACUUUAUGCUGAGGGGUCUCCAUCAUAAAGUUUUCCUAAUAACAAGCUGAAUUACUAGGAAACUACAGUAAAGCCCCAAAAGUGUCUCCCAGACAUGCUGACUUUGUACCCCAGAUAUCAUCUUAUUUUACUUUAUAAUAGACUCACAAAGCUUAUUACUGUCUCAUUUAAGACCCUGCAUGCUUCUAUAUCAAUAGCAUAACAUAUUGCUUUUGUUUGUUUCUGGAUACGUGAUAUUGAAAUGUAAAGUUGACGGAGCUGUAUGAGGAAGCACUUCAUUUUUAUGCCAUGUACAUAGGUAAGGAGGUUAAGCUGCACUUGUGCUGCGCCUGCAGCAGAGAAUUUCUGAUACUACAGUUAUAAACUCGCAGGAGUUUUGUAACCCAGGCAUGUACUGACUCACGAACGUGUACAAACAUGCACAAGGAAACCGUUAUAGCAAGAACUGGUUAUUCUUUCCUACAUUUUCCAGUCAAGAUAUUGUUUAAACCAUCGUUUUUAUUGCUGUAAAUAAAGUAUGCUG